AGGGCCUGGUGGGGGCGGCGAGGAGCCAGGGAGGUGUACGCGAGUGGCAUCGUCAUCGCACGGCUCCCUAGUUUCCAAUGGCAGUAGAGCGGUACGCUGAUAAGAGCAGCGGCAGCGAACGGUGACGCGUGCGCGUUACGGUGAGAUGCGCAUGCGCGGUCGUAACACGAGUCGCUCCCGAUACGCGGAUAGUCAGAGUAGAGCGUUUACGAAAACGGGAUCCGGCUGGGGGGUUUUUGCUGCUCCGCGAGCCUCUCGCUUUCUGGCCACCGUUUCCUUAGUGAAAAUGCCGCUGUGACAGAGAAUCGGGCGUCCCGUGUGCUCUCUACGGGGCUUGUCGCGGCCCACCAAAGAGCGUCAACCGUCCUCGCGGAUUGUUCGACACACAGUACUGUACCAACGAUCGCGCGGCUAUCUGUUAUCUUUCCAGCGCUUCUGAUCUCUCCCUCCCUCGUCCCGCGCUUAUCGUUCUUUCUCUCUCGCUCUUUUCCUCUCUCUCUUUCUCUUGACCUCUGCCCUUCGCUAUUCGCGCGUUUUUCACUCUACACGGCCACCGUCGUCUGCACCUUACCUCCUACCUUCCUCGGUGCAACGUCGAAACCUACCGGAAGAUUCGACACGUUCGACGUUCGUGUCGCUCUGCAAGUGUCGCGGGAGUUUCGUAAUCGGCCCUGCCACCGUAGCCCCACCGGCGGAUUCGAACAGAGUAUCUACGAAGGGUGUGUCUAGGAUUUUCAGCAAUCUUAAUGUGGUCCUGAGUGAUGCAAGUGACUUCCUUCCAUUUAUCCUUCAGAUACUGUGCAUAUAUCCUCUCCGGAGUGCGUUAUUUACAUCUAUUUUUCGAAGCGUGAGAGGUCACCGGGGAAAAGAAUGGACCGACUCCGGCGGAGUUUUCGAGAUAGCUUUCGACGGCGUAAAGAUUCCCACGUACCAGAAUCGAGUAAACCCCAUCAAUGGCAAGCAGACGAGACAGCAGUCCGUUCGGCUACAUGCGCUUUUCACGUAAAGUACCUGGGAUGUGUUGAGGUGUUCGAGUCGAGGGGCAUGCAAGUAUGCGAGGAAGCCUUGAAAGUACUUAGAAACUCGAGACGGCGACCGGUUCGCGCGGUGUUACACGUAUCCGGGGACGGUUUGCGGGUCGUCGAAGACGAGACGAAAGGACUGAUCGUCGAUCAAACGAUCGAGAAAGUUUCGUUCUGCGCCCCGGAUAGAAAUCACGAGAAAGGAUUCAGUUACAUAUGCAGGGACGGGACGACCAGGCGGUGGAUGUGCCACGGAUUUUUAGCGGCGAAAGAAUCGGGAGAACGUUUGAGUCAUGCAGUGGGCUGUGCUUUUGCUGCGUGUCUGGAAAGGAAACAGCGAAGGGACAAGGAAUGCGGCGUGACGAUGACAUUUGACUCGAAAACCUCGACGUUCACGAGGAGCGGCAGUUUUAGGCAACCGAGUCUCACCGAACGAUUGCAGGAUUCGCGAGAACGUGCUGUUGAUGUGCCCCCAGUGAAGCAGGUGUACAACCCCUUUGCGAUCGAGAGACCACACGCUACCCCCUCGAUGUUAGAACGGCAAGGUUCCUUCCGCGGUUUUACGCAACUGAAUCAAGCAUCUCCGUUCAAGAGACAGCUCAGUUUACGGAUCAAUGAUCUUCCUAGCAACCUCGAACGCACACGUAGCCACAGUCUUGAGCCGACGGACUUGUCGCGAUUGCCAUCUGCUAUGUCUCACAACGUACCUUUGAAACCGCCAGUUAGCCCAAUACCCGAGAUAUCGCCCGGGGGUCAAGACAGCGUUUCAGCGAUGUGUCAACAGCUUUCCAGAGGACUUUCCCUUCUUUCGAGCUGCGACGAUUUUGGGCCUAUGCCUAUCCACAGCAGCGCGAGCUCGGUCGCUAAACAACUCUUCACGAACACCAACAAUACUUCACCAGUGAGAAGCAGCAAUUCGUCGUCGGAGAUGAAAUUACAGAAUGGGCCGAGUCUCAACAAUAACAACAACAACAAUAACAAUAACGACAAGAACAAUGAUCUCAGUAAUUUGAACCACAUUGCACCGAUUUGGAAAGACUCCCCGUCGCCCGUGUUGGCUUCGAAUCAUAGACUUACGCCGAUCCUAAAUAGAACUACUAACCUAAGCCCUAUCCUUUCAAGAACAAGUGCUACCAGUCCGAUCGUAAUGAGUACCCCGGCACAUACCACCGCCGUUGGUGUAUUUGGGACUCCACCGUCGGCCAGUCCUGCCUUCAGUACAGCAUCCACAUCCUCCUUGGGGAACACGUCUACGUCGGCUGUGAACAGGUCGCCGGUCCCAGUGAAUUCCGCGGCGACUCCGAAAACAACGUCCCCGACCACCAGCGUGGCAUCCUCUUCUCCCACUUUGUCCGGUAGCGUAGCUACUAACCAAAUCAGACACACUCCAGUUGCAAACGCGAUUUCCAACACAGAGGUACAACCAGUUGCGACGACAGCAGCGUUGCCAAAACCAGAGCAAUGGCUGGGCAGUAUAACCGGAGCGGUACCGUCAUCAGUGCAAUCUCCUUCACAGGAUCAGACCAGUCCUCGACGAGCGCCUCCGCUUCACGCGAGAGCCCUUUCCCUCGGCUCGGCGGCGAUGGGCCAAACGAGCAGGACUGGUCCAUCCGAUCCCUUCGACGCCGAGUGGGCGGAAAUCGCGGCGAGGAACCUACGGCAGUCCAGCACCACGAAUCCUUUCAUAAUGCCAAACGCGACGCAAGCGUUUCAGGUGCAAUUGUAGCGCCAGGAGAUGAUAAACAGCGUCGCCAAGUACUUCCGUUCGAACACAUAGUGACGGUUACGCGUCCAUUUCCAUUUCGACGUCUCGCGUGACCGGAACCGUUGAUCGCGCGGAGUCUUCGGGCGGAUCGCGAGAGGAUUCGUCCCCGAGAGUGGUCUACGUUCUCGUUCCGGUCGGGUGACACGGUCGAUCGCCGAGCAAGAAACCUCGCGAGGAGGAACGAGGAUGAGCAUCGAUCUCGACGAGAUGUCUAGUAGCAAUGACGAUGGGGAGCGAAUCAGCACAAAACACGUACCCGCAACGUUCUUUAGAUGAGUAGUUUACGCACACAGCCUCUCGAUGACCUCAAAUUAAAUGUAAACGCGAACUAUUAGAAACGCAAGAAGGGACCACGCGUUGGUCACCGAUCGAUGUUCGGUGGGUCCGUUUGCCGCGUAUAGAAAGCGACAGGCGGGUGUCACCGGGUUAAAAAUGUACGCGACGAUGUUCGUCGAUCGGUCGAGGAUAAUGUUUCAACUGUCGACGCACUUAAUUGCGUACGAAACUAGACGUCGCUGGUAUCGAUAACAUAUCUAAAUGUCUAUCACAAGGUGUACAAUAAUCUUGAAUAGUUUAGGCUCAAAACGAUUAACGUCUUUCUGCAUGAUGCAAAAUUACACGCACCACAAGAUUAUGCUGCACCAAAAAUGUUUCGAGAUAACGUGAAAAAGUAAAAAAAUUGAAAAAAAGUUGUAAAGUAGCUUAGUCCCGGCUAUGUGGCAAGAAAUAUUUUUGUUUAGAGCGGCGGCGGCCGAGACGGGGGUAUGAAUGAGAAUUCUUGUUUGUCUUGCUCGCCCUCGAGUACAAGGAAUUGACGAGUUCCGUUUACGAAGAUGGAGAGGAUAGACGAACCGGGCGGGGUUAGCUAGAGAAAGAGAGAUCGAUCAGCGCACGUGAAUGGCUCAAAAUAUCAUGGAAGACUGUGAUAUAUGUACAUCGAAGUGGCCAGUACUUAAUGCGGGAGCGGAAUCGAACGGCUGUUGUGAAUGUUUCUACGGAUGGCGCCAUUUAACGGCUGGUAGGUUGCGUUUCGUGAGCUUGGGUAACGCAGCGUCUAUCAUUCCCUAGCCGACAGAAUACAUAAAAAUCUACACGACAAACUAGUUACUUAAGUAAAUAUUAGAUGUUGAAGUUUCUAGAACCAGUACGUUCCACGCUAUCGUUGUCUAAUAUCGUGUGUACUAACGAAUCGCAUUUAUCAUAACUUGGGAUACGAUGACGCGCAGGCAGACAGUCAAGUGCUCGUUGAACGAUUUGAUUCGCGCGACUACGAUACAAAAGGUGCUUCCGUUUAAGGACAAAACGAUAUUCCCUAGCUAAAACGAGAUCAACGAUAUAACGGCGUCGAGUUACGACAGAAACUAUGCAUGUUAUUGAUUGUUAUAUCGCUCGUUAAAUCCUAAAAGCGAGAGCGGUGUAAGUCGAUUUUGUCUCGUUCUGAGAAAUUAGCGUUCGCCAUUUGAUACAAGAAUUGUUCGUCUUAUGUCACUCUCAUUCUCAGAAGCUCGAACGAGUACGAAGAUCACAGCGGAGACUCGUGAACGCUCCCCAUGUUCUGUGUAGCGACUAGAAAUUAAUAUCGCGUCUGAAAGCUUCUCUCUUUCGGUUAGCUGUACUUUCAGUUUUCGCGAAUUAGCUAAAGAAUUAACACAGAUCGCGGGACAGAUUUCCAAUCGCGGACUUCCUUAAUCGACGCAAAUUCAGAAUUUCUAAUUUGUGUCGACCAAAAAACUAAAUUUCAUUAAACACCGUAUUAAAUCAUUUUGAUCCACAACUUUAUAAUCCGAUUAGAACCUGUCGUAUUUUUUUACAUGUCAGAAGAUAUACGUUUUGCAGGCCUCCAGGAAACCAAAGUUUCUAGAGAUCGAAACAAUUGGCAAUUUUAAGUAUAUCCAGUCGGAGUAUUGAAAUUGGUUAGCGAAAGGAACCGUUCAAACGGGUCCUAGGAUAGUGUUUACGCGACGCAAGAACCCGCUACAGUUUUCUAGACAACCUCUUAUCCACUGCUAGCGUCUAGAAAAGGGAGUAUCGAACUCGUAAAAGGAAUCAGCGUUAUAGAUUGGUUCAUUGAUCGAAUGUUCUCCUCGUCUUUGUUCUUUGUUCCUUCGGUGGGGGAAGUGAUAACUCAUAAUUCGAGCAGAAUGUUCUUGUUAAUUUUGGGAAGUCCACCCUCUUGUUCCAAUUGUUUUGUCCGUGUACACAGACUAUCCUUGCUUACAGGCUUCGAUCCACGGUUGACCAUUAUUGUUCCAUCCGUCGAACGUUUAUUGUUAACAACAAAUGCCAGACCUCGACGGUGAUAGCAGUGGAGCAGAACGAUUUCGUCAAAGACAAAAAGAGGGUACGUGUUCGAUCGUUAUAUCGACGACUCGUGUGUGUGCGUUGUACAUAAAUUAGUUAUUUAAAUUGAUGAUGCGAGAAAUGGAGAAACGAGAGAGAAAGAGUAUGCGUGCAAAGUAAUUGUUCAGUGAGCCGACGAUACCGCGAUGCAACAGAAUAAAAAGCGUUCUUCGUUGUCGAGGUUUUUAAUAAGUUGUAAUAGUAAGUUACCUUGUAAAUAGUUCGGUAGUGUUUAUCAGCACAAAAAAAAUUGUUGCUUCCACGUUCGGUGAUAGCUACUUUCUGAGGAUGAUUCUACGUCAGCCGAUGAUGGAAACGCGCGAACGGACGCUCGUUACACCGGAAAUUCACCGAUAUCGUUCACGAUCGUUUGGCGAGGUUUGGACUCUCGGAUCGUUCGAGUCGUCUUCUGUCCGUCCUGUAAAUUAAAAAAAGCAACCGAAGCGAGAAACGAAUCACCGACAGGCAAAAUGAACGAACGCAGGGGGAAACGAAACGCUUAUCGAGGUAGAGCAACCGCGAUCGUCGUGUACUUAUUGCGAGAAAUUGUAAGAAGAAAAACAGUUGGUUGAUCGAUGUACUUAAAAUAAUAACGUGACGCGGCUUGGUUUCUUUCUUUUGUUUUUCAUUGGCGACGAACGCGAAAUCGAUGGCGUGGACGUCGACGGAUUCUUCGAGCUCUCUCGAACAGAGAAACUGGAAACUGAAAGUGCGUAUACAGUGCAGUACAGUGAUUCGUUGUGUAACAUUAUCACCAUAAGUACUUAUUGUUUUUUUUUCCCCCUUCCUUUUACAUCAUUUUUUUUUUUUUUUUUUAUCUAUCGACGUACGCUAAUUAUUCGUUCGGGUUCGUUUGGCUGGGGUUGAAAUCGGGGACUCGGUUUCUGAUCCUGCGCGUUUCCUUUCUCGGAAAUCGGAAUUGUCAAAAGUAACGUAUUUCCGUUGUUUUCGAGAAUGAACAUUUUUUUUUUUAGUUGUAACGUAGAAAGGACAGACGUCAGUCAAGAUACGUAUUCCGAGUGUCUCGUUCGAUCGGAGGAGAUUAGUGCAUUUACGAUCGGUUAACUGUUAAGUACGCACAGGGAUACUGGUAUGACUAGGCGAGUAGGUGCACAGCGUGCCAAAUUGUAAUCGUGCAAACCGGCGUCCUCAGCGGGUCUCAACAUCGUGCACGCUUCCGUGGUUGUGUUGUACAUAGUGUCGCCGAUCGAUUCCUGGAUCAAUGUACGACUGCGUGUAUGUUACGUGAAAAAAUACCCUUGUUCGUUUUACAAUGUAUCUGCCUCUGUAAAGAUACGAUUUAUUAUAAUAUCUGUUGUGAUUACCAAAUUGUUUCUCUUAUUGUUUCUAUCUUCACCUAUAUAUUUAUGAUAU